AUGGCCUCCGACGCCUGGUCCACGAACACGCUCAUGCUCCUCCUACGCAUCUGCGCCGCAGUAGCUCCCUUCGCCGCCGGAUACCUUCAAUACCGCGCCAUAUGUAACCUCCACUCCAAGAACCAGGCCCAGGCCCAAGGACAAGCCAGGACCCUAAGCAACAAUAACGCUCCUCCCCCGCCAACCCCUGCAUCCAAUGGCCCCAUGCGCACGCCAAUCGACACGCCAAGAGUGAUCGAGAUCCUGUGCAACGCCAUCGGCACUCUCAAUGGAGCCGUGGUUGAUCUCUCAAAGCGAUUCGACGACGAGCGGCCGAUAGACGGGCGACCCGCGAGACCGGAUAUGAGAGGCCGUUUCCCGAGGCGAAGGUCGCCAUCGCCGCGCUACGCGCGCGCUCGGUCUGAGGAUAGCGAAGAGUUCAUCCCCCGCCCGUUCAGUCACAGAGCUCCGCGUCGGUGGAAUGGAGGCGAUGGCUUCUGGUGGCGCGAAUAUGGUUCGGAUGCUGCUACACAGAUGUUGAUCAGCAAGAAGGUUUCGGGAAAGGAUUAG